AUGCUUGAUUAUUGGUCAUUAAUAGCGUCCUCAUUGCGCUAUCUACUUCUACUUGUGGUGGGUUUUGUAGUGGUGACGAACACAAUAGUUUGUGGUUGGACUAUAAAAAAGGGCUCCUCAAGGAAAGUACGAAGAGUAUUGGUAGGGCUCCCCUUUCUGAAUGGGCUUUAUUUCUCACAUUUCGAGUAUGAAAAUUAUAGGGUAUCAUUGGGGGCAGUGAUACUUCGUGCUUUUCGAGGUUAUAGCAUAGAAUUAAGGGACAUUACAGUGAAGUGCAACUCAUUUGUAUCUCAACCCAAGCAAACGCCCCAAGUGCUGCAACUGAAAUUGUCAUUAAGUCAUACUUUGUUGGUUGUUCUCCGAUAUCUGGGCCCAAAGAAAAUUAUCGUGAAAAAUGCAACCCUGGUCUGGCCGCAUUCGGGCUUGAGGCUGCAAUUGGCUACUGGUGACGUCCGUAUCAGCUUUGCUAACGGGCUCACAAAACCCUACCUUAGCUUCAAUGCCUCAGGUAUCCAGGAUAACAAACAUAUUGUCAAAAUACGAGCAAUUCAUUACGAUAUCAACAUCACCUUGCAGGAUUCCGAACAAGGCAGUAAUACCGGACGUCGAAUGCGUCUCGCGAGGCACGAUCAUAGUUUGGUGCUAAUCGGUGCUCGGCUACAUGUUAACGAAAGACCACCUAUGGCCAAUCACUCACAUGCCCCAUCUGCUGAAGACUCUCCGAAAGAUGAAGCUGACUGGACUGCCAAAAAAGAAAAUAUUCUACGCGUGCUUUCUAGUUUGGGAAGUAUUGAUGCUAGAUUUGAGAAUCUCUCCAUCGCAGUAGGGCCGUCGUUCCACAUCAGUAUUCCUUCCAUGUACUUGUCUCAAAAAGUCACAGAUUAUACGGAGCACACCGCUCUCGAACUUUUCUCUAACCUGCGCAAUGAACCCAUUCACGAAGUACUUUUUACUAUAAACUCAACUACACUCUCUCUGGACGACGAGGCUUUUCUCAAGCUACCUUCGGUAACGGUCAAUUCCGUUUUCAAUCUCAUCUCCGCUGUCAUGAAUCCCGAAAAAACUUAUCCAACUGUCGCAUGCACUCUAGCAGCGGUUGAUCCCUCUAUUUUACUGACGCAGGAGCAGCUUGUGAAGCUUUGGGAAUACACCAUCCCUGGCGCUGAUGACGCUUAUGUCCGCCCACAUGGAAGUGCAAAAAGCCGUAAAUGGACCGAAGUCUUUGGCCUCGAUGUUUAUCCUGAAUUCGUUACAAAGAUCAUUGUUUCUAACCUGUCCUUCACGCUGAAGCUUUCUUCGACAAAACAUUUCGUGUUCCGCACCACAAAUGUUCACUCUCUUGGACAAAAUCGACGUGCUUUUGAAACUGGUAGUGAAGGAAUAAAAUCAAGUGCAGAUGACCUGCGGGAUACGAGAGACCACACAGACAACUUUCUGAAAAUUGACAAGUUUAGUCUGACAUUUUAUUCCUUCGGUGGAGAUGACAGUACCCAUGCAUAUGAACUUCCCGUAGUUGUCUUCAGCAAAUGGGAAUUCUUCGGUGAGAGCAUUAUUUCUAAUGAAAUUAUUAUUACGAGCACGCUGAGAAAUCUCAAAAUCUCUGUCGAGGAUGUCGAAGUCAUUAAGGGCGUCGGCCAGUAUGUUGGAGAGUGGACAACAAGGAUCAAAUCGCAAAAAAUGCGCCGUGCGAAGGGGAGAGAACUUGGCUUUUCUUUAAAACUACGUCUGAAGAACGCUGUUGCGUCUCUCAUGGUCUCAGAUUACUUGCCCACAAUACUGGACAAGUCGGGAAGCUGCAGAAACCUCGCACAUUACACUCGAGGCUCUAGCAUAAUUCUACAAGAGGCGUUCAUGGAUUUCUGUUCCAACGGCCAGAAACUACACGUCAUAAAAGGAACAAUCGAGAAAAUGAUGGAAGACAAUGGGGCUCCUUAUUCAAAAAGUCCUAUCAUGUCAGUCAAAGAUUUUGUAUUGGAACGCCGUCAAGAAAAGUUUCGUUUCAUUAUCCCAUCCUGUAGCGUCAGCUUUGAUAUCAAUACCGUUUGGCUUUUUUUCUAUUUGAGAGACAUUGCGCAUGGCCUGUUCGAGAGUAAAACGCCCAAAUCACCAAUCGAGUCUCAAUCUUCUCACUUCGAAUUGCCUAAAUUUUUCAGGCUCAUUGACGCCGAUGUUGUGUCACUUCUCAUUAACAUCGAACUACCUCAUUCAAUUAAACUUAAACUUGCAAUAGAAAGCGGAUCGUUGGCUGGCAAUUCUAUGACUUUGAACAUGGGUUCCCUACAGAUUUUUACAACAACCGUGUACCAGUCGAACGAUACCUUCGUUCCUAUUCUUAGAAUGCACAAAGCAUUUAUGAAGAUGAAUAAAGCCUCGCACGAAGAAAUGCCCUUUGAGAUCAAAACAGAAACUACCUGGGUUAAGUUCGAAUACCAUUUGAGGCUUUACAAAAUUCUGGAUAAUAUCAGUACGAUGAUCAAAUGCAUCAAGGCUUUGAGCGGAUACUUCGGAGACUAUUUCAACAUUAUGGCCCGCGAACCUCAAGUAGAGGACGCUAAAUGCGUACCUCCCAUACACUUCGAAACCGGCAUUCUGACACUUGAUGUUGAAGAAGACCCCUUCGAGCAAGAGUUGGGUCUCAUUUAUAAGGUGGGGGUUACCGAACAAUUGGAACGCAUAGAAAAGCUCAGACUUAUGGAACAAGAGCUGUCACCAACACUAAAUCAUGAUAGUGUUGCUCAUCUAGGCCGAGAAGAUAAGCUACAAAGGCUUUUUGAGCAAUUUUCUAUUUCCUGGAUAAAUAGAAUGAAAAAGGCACGCCUAAGGUUUUUUGGAAGACCCUUUACUAAGAUCAAUCGACUUGAUAUUGGAACUUCAUCGUUUAAAGUUUUCGAAGGAUUGAACAGCACAAUUCUCAAAGUUGAGCUUGAAGAUGUGCAUUUGAGGUUGCAUCGACCCUCGUUCCCUUUGCAGAACUGCGAUGAGUUUUUCUACAAAUAUGGAAAAAAGAUGCCGCGAAAUACAAAAUUCACAACCUUGAUCCCGCUUGGAGUUGAGCUUUCUGGGACCCGUUGUGAAUUUAUACUGAGAGACUACCCGCUACCCAUAGCCUUCUUCCCUGAUAUGAGUAUUAAAGGCGACCUCGUUUUUGCUGAGCGAAUGCCUUGUCCACUAUCAAAGAGGUACGUUCAUGUGCCAUUUGUUCCGGGCGCAACGGGUGAACUUUACACAUCCACCAAUUCCAUUUACGGAUCAAAUAUCGUCCGUACUCUGAACCCAUUGAAAGCAUACAUGAACCUGAAGUGCGAGGUUGAAUCUGAUAAGCCUACCACCGUAACAUGGGGUAAGUCGCUUCAGCCUGGUUUCCAAGCUGUGAUGAUAUGGUUUGAUUACUUGUCAAAACCGCCUGUGGAUCCCUCCGAAAAAUUGGGGUUCUGGGACAAGUUCCGUCUUUUAAUUCAUGGGCAGCUAAUUCUAGAGUGGCGUGGAAAUAGCGAGUUUCACCUGAAUCUGAAAGGUUCACACGACCCAUACCUCGUGACAGAUAAGGGAGCGGGUCUUUCCUUCUGCUGGAGAGGUGAUGCUCGGCUUUCGUUACACGAAUCGUCCGAUCCCACAGAAUUUCUCAAAAUAACAUCUAAUCAGUUCUUACUGGCAAUAAGAGAUUUCACGCACCAACGGAGACUUGAAAAAACACUGAUGGAACUUAGCGGUUAUGUGACAUGGACUAUGGGUAUAUCUUUUGAAGCCGGUAAUCCUAAAGAUCCGGGAAGCGUGAAAAGAUCAAGCACCUUUCAACCUCAUUAUAAAAUCAAUCUUUGCAAUCCUCGAUUUUUGGACCCUAGCGUUGUCCAUGAUUCAUACGAGGGCUUUAGAAGUGACUUUAUCCACCUAUUUUUUCAGGUAAAAAAUGGAACUAGCGUCAAAAGCUCGAACAAUGUCCACUUGGCGCCCUAUUGCAUGACACAUUUUUUCAGCUGGUGGAAUUUGUUUAGUACCUACACGUCAGGACCAAUUCGACAGGGACCACUGUUUCCGGACCUUCUUCAAAACCCUAAGAAAUUCUCAAAAGCUCUCUUCACCGUCAAAUAUUCCCUUCAGGUCUCACCUCUUAUGCUUUGCCAUACGUACAUCCAUGCUGACUCGCAACUCAGUAACAGCGACAGUGAUGAGACUGCUUUUACGAGUCUGAAAGGUUCUUUUGAGAGUCUGACCUUGGAUCUUCAUCAAAAAAGAGUGAAGAUGGAUCACGCAGAGACCAACUUGGGGACUUCCAGGACUGUCUGGAAAUUCAAAAUGAAUGCCGGUGAGAUUGAUUGUCGUACAGCAGACAUUAGAAUGAUAUACUCACAGUUAGCCUCCUCGAGAGAGGAUCAAAGUCAAGGUGGUUGGCAGCGUUCCUCAUCUGAAGAACCAGAUCAAAAUUCGACAUUCGCGUCUUCACAAAAUGGGAAUUCUAAUCGUAGCUGGUUCAACUUGGAAGAUUACAAUGACAUUAAUCAAGGAAUGGGGAAGCGCUUUAAGAUUCGUGUUUUCGACGAAGCGCCCCUUCUGUACUCCCCCAGAAUAUCUUAUCUAAGAGAACUCUCUGAAGGAGAAUCUUUAAAGUUUCCUUUCGGGUCAGAAAGUGAUCAUGAAUGUGCUCUGGGCCACAACGACCCUAUGGUUACCCAGGAGCUCCUGGCGAGAGCGAGAGCUCAAGAGUUGGAGUCACAAUUGUCCUCUAUCGAGAAGGUCAUCUCAGAGCUCACUCCCACUUCAAAAAGUUCUCAACAGCACACAAAAGUGGACGAACAUCUCGAGACUUUACGUGCUCGCUACCACGAUUUUCGGCACAGACUUCACAUUAUUCAUGUUGUCUUGGAAGACUUGAUGCUGUCAAAACUACCUUCGAACUCUUUGGUAUCCGAUGAUUUAGAGAGUAGCGCUUCCAGUGGAAGUGACUUAUCCAAGUCCGAAUCUCAUAAGGCGUUAUUGAGGGUGAACACUCUAUCAUCCUUCCGCUCUAUGAGAAAAGCUACCAGUGCUUUUGUCAAAUCUUCCUUCGAUAACAGAUUUAUUUUGCAUAACAUUUUACUGAAGGUCAAUAACAAGACAAGGGACAUGUUGCUGGAUUAUGUGUUUAAUGUGCUGAACAGAAAAAAGUCAAGUUUCUUCCAGACCUACAAAUCUGUGGCUCUUUUGGAAGAGUUGUUAAAGGUAAAGCUCUGGAACCUGCCCUCGGGUCGUUUAAGAAAAGAAUACGAUGCUCUUUUGGAAGACACCUUAUCAAAUGCGAAUUUGUUUGAACGCUGUGAGGACAUUAUCAGGAAGAUUGCUGAAGAAGGCCUUGAAGCCCGUGACACCCUUCAGAUUAAGUUCGUGCUCCCGCAGAUUCAGGUCACGUCUGAAGAAGUUUCUCAAAAGUGCAUUUUGAUUACUGCAAGAGAUGUCGAAACAUCAAUUGUGGAGAUCAAUCAAAUGCCAUUUUCAUCACUUCAUAAUGCACCGGUCGAUGUCAACAGUUUAGUUGAGACAAGGUUUGCUACAAAGUUGAAUGAAGCACACUUCUUCAUUUUCGAUCGAGGCGAUCUAUCAUCUGAUAAUGGCCUUGGAUUCGAAAUGAAUGGAUAUGGUGCAGACAGUAAAUCAGCUUUUUGGCCGCCCUGGCUCCCCAUGGAGAUGUGCUAUAACUGUGAAGCCCUUGAGGACUCCCUGUUUUUGGAGAGAAAUGAUAUGAUAAUGCUGUUUACACAGCCAAACUCGCUUUUUUUCCAAGACAAGACCAAUAAAAUGAAUAGAAGCGAGGCAAAAGUGCGAAUUGGCUUUCCCAAGCUUACACUGGCGUCAAACUCUGACCAAUAUUCUUCAAUCUACGCUAUUGCGGUAGAAAUGUUGCAUUUUGCCUCUAGCUUCGAUAAAAAAGCUGACAAGCUUUCGAGGGUCAUGCUUGCUGAGGAAGUGCGAAACAAUUUGGAUAAACUGGAUGUAUCAAUAAUAGUAAACCUCCAAAAAUCCAUAAAAAAUCUGGAUAGAACUCGCGCGUAUUUGAAGAUGCACGAUCCUCAAGGAUACAAGAAAGUCGCACAUCUUAUUGCAACUGAACUGGACGCUGCAAUUCUGGAGUUGAACCUUUUGAUGAGUGCCAUCAAGAAAAAUCACGACAAAUUGCGUUUAUCCGGCGGCUCUGAAAAUCAUCAAGACAAGUUGUAUUGGCAGAUUGGCGCAGACGAGGUGACCUGGCGAUUACUUGAUGAUCAAGAAAAUGAUUUUGUCUUAUUCGAGUUGGGAACGGCAAGCUUUUACCGGUCACAAGCUUUGGACGGCACAAACAGCAACAAAAUUACCAUCUCAUCGCUGUCGUGCUUUAACUUGCAAAAGAAUGCAGUCUACAGAAAGCUACUUGGUCCUUAUGAAGAUACUGUUGAAAACUCAAAACCCUUGAUCGAAAUAUCGUGGCUCAUUGGCCCGUCCGUGGGAGGUAUUUCGGAUCUGGUCAACCUUGUCGUUUUACUGAAACCAUUUACUUUCAAAAUGGAUCAUCGGACAUCGGAUCUUCUGCUCCAGUAUUUGUUUCCCUCACCAAGCAUUGACACUGCAUCACAAGUGCAUACCUUGACACAAGACACGUCGUCGUCCCGCUCUCGGCCAAGUUCUUCAGGUUUGAACCUGAACCUGAGACUGAGGAACAUGUCGUCAACUUUCUCUUCAUCACCAUUGGUGAGCAAUUCCCGGCUUUCUUCGCCUGCUCCCCCAUCAAUUCUCACUCGGCGAAACGCGCAAGACAUGAAUGAAAUGGUCGACAGAUCAUCUCGGUAUUUCAAUGUGGGUCUUGUGGUGAUCGAGAAAGUCACAAUGUCUAUCAGCUACCGAGGUUCACGAAGUCUCAUCACAAAUGUCGACAAUCUAACGGUGAAGGUCCCAACACUGCGGUAUUCCCGUCGGCUGUGGUCCCGCGAAGAAUUUAUUGCAACCCUCAAGAAAGACAUUAUAAAGAUAGUGCUACAACACACGGGUAACAUUAUUGGCAAUAAAUUGACGUUUCAUAAGAAGGCCAAAGAGUUGGACAAUAUCGAAUCGCUAGGCAAACUUGGUUCUGCAACAUCAGGCAGUCCCCAGUCUGUGCGGUUUCCCGGACAUGUCAAAGCGGCUCAAGCGCAUCCUAACUCAACGCAUCUUCACAAGACCCAGACUAGCGAUCGCGCUAGUGGUCAUGGUAGUGAACGCGCCGAUGAUACGCUUGCUGAGCUAAAGACACCGACCAGUACAGUCAGCGUUGAGGCCUUCUUUCCGGUGACUACAGCACCUGACGCGACACUUGCUGAGAAGAUUACGUAA